GGUACCUAAAUUCCUGGCCCUUCACUCUCACUUGUUUUUUUUUUUUUCCCAUUCUCACUUUCUUAAGGGAUGAGGUCUCUGAAUGUUUUCCAGGCUAGUCUUGAACUCUGGGCUCAGAGUUAAUGUAAACGUAUGUCCACAUAAAUUGCAACGCUAUUCGCAAUGUCCAAAAGCAGGAAAUACAGCAUGUGUUUAUAAUGGGUGAACGGAUAGAUAGCGUAUUGUAGCUAUACAAUGUAAUAUUACUUGCCAUAGAAACAAAGGAGAUAGUGAUACCUGUUACAAUAUAGAUGUCCCUUGAAAAAACUAUCAAGUGAAUAAAGUAAUUCAUAAACACCAGAUUAUCUAAUCCCCUUCAUAUAAAAAGUUCAGAGUAAGUCACUAUCCAGAUAGAAAAUAGAUUAGUGGUUUUCAAGGGUUUACACAAAGAAAAUGGGAAAAUACAGAAGUGACAGCUAAUGAGUACAGGGUUUGUUAAGGAUGAUGAAAAUGUUCUAAAAUUGGUGAUGAUGGCAAAUAUAAGUGAAUAUGCUGAAAAGCACUUAAUUGUAAAAUAUGUAUAUUAUGUCUCAGCAAACAAGUUCCAAUAAAUAGUUUGGACCCAAUUUCUUAAGAAUAUGAUUUUCAACUUACCUCCAAAUUUUACAAAGCCUUUUAUUGUUUUCUUCUUAUAUCAGUGAGACAGAAUUCAGUGUGUCACUGCCAUUUACAUAUUCAAAGUCUGCUAGGGCAGGGCCACCUUAAAUUAUCAGUUAUCAAAAAUUGUCAAGUAGAAAUUGGCUUCUAGGACUAAUGUAGAGUGCUUGCCUAGUAUGGGAAAGGCCAUGGGUGCCAUCUAUAAAGAAAAGCAUAACAAAAAAUUUCUUCUGUGUAAACAGCCUGCCUCAGAACUUCAUAAAGCAGAUAAUUUGUUAGUCGAGUGGGAUUCAAUAGGCCCAGUCUAAGCGACUCCCUCUCUUGUGAAAAUGGAAUUUGCAAUUCUCUGCGCACACCUGCUGUGUCUGCCCCCUCCCUCUUCGAAGGAGCCAGGGAAGACGCUGUGGCCCGGUCUCCGAAUAGGAAAAUAGUUCUACUUAAAUGUAAAUAUGGCGGUCAGCGGGAGCCUAAUCGGCCACGUCACCUCCCUCCUCGCCGUCAUUCAUUCCGAGGGGGCAGGACUAACCACGGGAACUGUCCAAUCAGAUGCGCCACUGAACCGGAAGUAGAGGGGGCCGCUGGGCACGCGGAUGUGUGGCUCCUUAUGCCUUCCGGCCGUCCAUUGGGAAACGUGUCGCCGCUUUAAGUCACCUUAGGUGGCUCUGGUCCGGCGUCUGUCGCGCUCUCACCUGCACGUCAGCCGAAGGGAGGACCCCAGCGGCCCUGCAACCUGGGAAAUGUGAAUGUAACAAAUGUGAUGGCAAAGAGGAGCGAUCCCUGCUACCCGCACUGAGGGAACUUCCCAUGAGGAUUGACUAGUAACAGCCACCAGAGCAUUGCUUGUGGAGGAAGUAAAAAGAAAAUCAAGCUGACAAUAAAAUUAUCGAUGUUUUAGGACUUGGUGACCCUUGAGGACGUGGCUGUGAACUUUACUCAGGAAGAGUGGGCUUUGCUGGAUCCUUUUCAGAAGAAUCUAUACAGAGAUGUGAUGUGGGAGACUGUCAGUAAUCUGGCCUCUGUAGGGGUAAAAUGGGAAGACCAGAACAUUGAAGAGCUGUACCUAAUUCCUGGCAAAAACCUAAGAAGUCAUGCAGUAGAGAGACUCUGGGAAAGGGUAAAAGGUGCUCAAUGUAGCGAAACCUUCAGCCAGAUUCCAGAUCUCAGGCUCAGGAAGAAAACUCCUGCUAUAAAGUCCUAUGACUGCCGUGUGUGUGGAGAAAUCUUCAUCGGUCAUUCAUCCCUUAAUAGGCACAUGAGAGCUCACACUGAACGCAAAACUUGUGAACAUAAAGAUGGGAAUAAGACAUAUCAAGAUAAGCAAUGUGGAAAUGCCUUCAGUAUUUGCUGUUCCUUAAAAAAAUCCGAAAGAACUUGUACUGAAGAGAAAUCCUAUCAAUGUAAAGAGUGUGGAAAAUUCUAUAUUUCUGUAUCAAACUAUCAAAGACAUGUGGAAAGGCACAGUGGAGAUGGACCUUAUAAAUGUAAGGCAUGUGGCAAAGCCUUUUAUUCUUCUAAUUCUUUUCAAGUACACAAAAGAAUUCACAUUGGAGAGAAACCCUUUCAGUGCAAACAGUGUGGUAAAAGUCUAAGUACUUCCAAAGCCUUUCAGAUACAUGAAAGAACCCAUACCGGAGAGAAACCUCACAAAUGUGAGGAGUGUGGGAAAGCUUUCAACUGUCCUAGUACUUUUCAAAGACAUAAAAGAACUCAUACUGGAGAAAAACCCUAUGAGUGUAAGAAAUGCGGUAAGGCCUUUGGUCGUUUUAGUUCCUUUCGAAUACAUGAAAGAAUGCAUACUAGGACGAACACAUACCAUGAAUGUGAGGUCUGUGGAAAAGCCUUCAUUUCUCUCUCAUCUUUUCAAAGGCAUAUGAUAACACACACUGGAGAUGGACCUCACAAAUGUAAGGAGUGUGGAAAAGCAUUCAUUAGUUCUAGUGCAUUUCAAAUACAUGAACGACUACACACUGGAGAGAAGCCCUUUGAAUGCAAACAGUGUGGGAAAACGCUAAGUAGUGCCAGUUCCUUUCAAAUACAUGAAAGGACUCACACUGGAGAGAGGCCCUAUGAAUGUAAGGAGUGUGGGAAAACCUUCAGUUGUCCCAGCUCCUUUCAAAGACAUGAAAAGACUCACACAGGGGAGAAGCCGUAUGAGUGUAAGCAGUGUGAUAAGGCCUUUAGUCGUUCCUGCUACCUUCAGAUGCAUGAAAGAUCUCACACUGGGGAGAAGCCCUAUACUGGGGAGAAGCCCUAUCAGUGUAAACAGUGUGGUAAGGCAUUUCGUAGUUCCAGUUCCUUUCAGGUUCAUAAAAGAACGCACACCGGAGAGAAACCCUAUGAAUGUAAAGAAUGUGGGAGAGCCUUCAGUUGUUUAAGUUCAUUUAAAAGACACGAGAAGAUUCACACCGGAGAGAAACCAUACGCGUGUACAUUAUGUGGUAAAGCCUUCGGGCGUUACAGUUCCCUUCAAAUACAUGAAAGGAACCACACUGGGGAGAAACCGUACGAAUGUCAAGAAUGUGGUAAGGUCUUCAGUAGUUCCAGUUCCUUUCAAAUACAUAAAAGGACUCACACUGGGGAGAAACCCUAUGUAUGUAAAGAAUGUGGGAGAGCCUUCAGUUGUCCCAGUACCCUUCAAAAACAUGGCAGGACUCACACUGGAGAAAAACCCUAUGCAUGUACAAAGUGUGGGAAAGCUUUCAGUCGGUCCGGUAACUUUCAAACACACCAAAGACUGCAUUGUGAAGGGAAACUGCACAAAUAUAAAAUGGGUGUGUAGGCCUUAAUUUGUUAUAGGGCCUUUGAAAAGCGUGGAAGAACUCGUGUUGGAGAGGCACUUCGUACAAAGAAUAUGGGAAGGUUUUCUUUGUGCAGCUUUCUAGCAUAUUUGAGAAUGGAUAUUGGUGAGAAACCCUAUAAAUGUAGAUAGUGACUAUUGCUUUUGUGUCCCACUCCAGUUUGAAGCCAUGAACAAUGAAGACAAUAUAAAAAGAAAUUGUAAGUAGCUUACAUAAGCAUUCAGUUGGCUCAUAUUGUUACAGAAAUGGAUGUGAAUUACCUGGGGAUUAGUUGUGUAGCUCUUUAGUAGAGGGCUUGCAUCAUGAUCACAAGGCCCUUAGUUUGAACCCAGCACUACCACCAGAAAAAGAGGAAAGGAAGGAAGGAGGGAUUGUAGGAGGUAGGGAAGUGCAGAGGGAGAACAUGCACUCUGGAUUAAAAAUUUGAAAAUGUGACAACGUUUCCCAUUUUAACAGGACUUAAGCAAACUAGAUUAAAAAUUUGACAGUUUUUGGGGUCUUGUAUGUAGAGUAUCAUAUCAU